AUGAGAUUUGUACCUGAGUGGGCCCAAUUUGGGCUUGCCCCUGGUGUGAUCCAACAAGCAGCAUUUUUGGGAGCAGUCAGGAACCAAGGCACAGGAUAUGUAGAGCAACCCUAUGACCAGCUCGAGAUCCCACCUUGGUGCAAAUUUGACCUCGAGGGUGUGCUCAGCCUAGUUGAUGCCUGGGGAGCCAGAAGUGCAGUGGACAUUGUAUGCACAUCUAUCACUGCUCCCAUGUUCUUGAGAGAACUACUCAGGUUUUGGUGGGAAGAGGAAGCUCAGCUCACAUCAAAACAUACUCUAUCCUUGUCUCUCCAUGAGGAGCAGUACCAGGAGGCACUGCAGCAGAUCCUGACAUGGUCAUUGGUAGCUAGUGGCUCUGGCCAGAAAUUCUGGGAUGUCUCAAGACUGCAAGAUGUUUCUCCUGACCAGCAAAGGGAUAUAGCGAGGAUCAUCGAUAAUGGUGAAAUGGCCCUUGUUGACUGUAACUGCACAGCGGGCGUUUUGUAUACUCGUACUUUCCCCGGGACAUCGAGUCUGCAUUCCAUCUCGAUUAUAGAUGAUUUCUUACCCGCCACAACCGACCUCAUUCUACUUUGUGUUCCCUACCCAGGGCUGAAGGCCACUUUUACGAAGAUUAUGUUAGUUUUCCAACAUUUCAUUGCCAUAGCCUCUGACCCCGCUAGGGCAGGCCUGAGUGAGGGGGUGGUCUGGCCUCUGCGGGGGGUCUCUCUAGGUCGUGGCAAUGUUCAGCAGGAUUUAGGCAGGAUUCUACUUCACGUCAAAGAUGUCGUCGAUGGACAGGAGUAUAAUACAGCUCUAAAUCACACGGUGGGUCUCAAUGAGCGCUACCAUGCUGUGCCCCGUUACAUGGAUCUACCACACGCCAUAGCCUCGCAAAUUGAAAAGUAUGCAUACCAAGAAGUCUAUCUUCAAGGAGUCGACGCGUUUUCUGUAACCUUGGGUGGAGUCUUUGAGGUCGUUGAUGUUAAGAAAGCCCUUGAUUCCGCCAUGUUCCCGCUGUGUAUCUUUCAGGUCUUCGGCUAUGCCGCUGUGGAGGAAAUACGGUACAUGAGAGUCGGGAGGGAGCACCAUAAGAAGAAAAAGAAAAAUAAAUCUUCCGACAAGAGAGUCUUCAACCUGGAAUCGAACCCUGGUAGCAAGGAAUAA